AUGAAAACAGAUGCUAUAGUGGAGCAGCUAGAAGUUCCUAACAAUGAAGUAGAUAUUGGAGAUGAUAAUGAAUUAGAACACACCACAGAUACAAUAUCGAUACAUAAUAAAGGUGAUAUAUCUCCUAGAUUGCUUGCAAAGGCCAAGAAAGAUGAAGGAAGAUUCCAGAUUGAAGUCCAACUAGACAUGGAACAAUUGAUAUCCUUCAAGCUUACAAACAAUGAUGAUGGACAAGAAUUACAAGUAACAAUUGUGUAUGCUAGCACUGAUAGACAAACUAGAAUAGCACUGUGGGACGACUUACAUGAUAUUGCAGCAAACAUGUCUCUACCAUGGGUGGUAGGAGGAAAUUUCAACGUAAUAACAGAUGAAGAAGAAAAGUAUGGUGGUUUACCCGUGCAAUAUAAUGAAACAGAAGAUUUUGUUCAUUGUAUAAACACUUGUCAACUAGUAGAUUUGGGAUUUAAAGGGAGUAUAUAUACUUGGUGGAAUGGUAGAUCAGACACAACUUGCAUUUUCAAAAGACUGGACAGAUGCUUAGGAAAUCAAGCUUUACAAAUCAGUUUCCCUAAUUUGGAAGUUGAACACCUCAUUAUACAAGGAUCUGACCACUAUCGUUUAAUAUUGACAACUAGAACAGACAUGAGACAUAUAAGAAAGUCAUUCAGAUUUCUGAAUUUUUGGGUGGAGCAUGAGACUUUCCAGCAGGUGGUUGCAGAUAACUGGCAGGAAUCCUACAGUUCAGAUCCCUUUUUUAACUUUCAUAACAAACUGAAAAAGGCAUUAACGGAGAAAGACUUCAAAAGAGGAUACAAGAUAAUAGAGGACUGGCUAGAUAUAGAAGAAGACAUUACCCGGGAGGCAAUUAGAUUCUAUACUGACCAGUUCACUGAAAGUAAUCUCAAUAUUGAUUUUGAGAUGUUAGAGUGCAUUCCCAAGAUGAUAACCGAAGAUCAAAAUGCACAGAUACAUGAGAUGCCAGAUGAGGAGGAAGUAAAAAAUGUAGUGUUUGGAUUAAAUUCUGAUAGUACAGGAGGUCCAGAUGUGUAUGGAUACACAGGGGAAUUCUACCAAGCUUGCUGGAACAUAAUAGCCAAAGACAUGACAAAAAUGGUGCAGUCUUUUUUCUGUGGACAUGAAUUACCCAGGUACAUUACUUGCACAAAUCUAGCUUUAAUUCCUAAGAAGAAAGAUAUCACUACCUUCUCAGACAUGAGGCCUGUCAGUUUAAGUAAUUUCACCAGCAAGGUUUUCUCGAGAAUCAUCCAUGAGAGACUAGUAAAGUUUCUUCCAACUCUAAUAUCUCCACAACAGUCAGGAUUAGUCAAAGGAAGGAGCAUUGUAGAAAAUGUUCUUUUAGUUCAAGAAAUUGUUCAUGACAUCAGAAUAAGAUGA